ACAGUAGCUUUGCACGAGUUAACACUGCAAUUGAUUUUUCUGAAUCACUCAAUCACUCAUACGGAAACACAAAAAAACAUAAAAAUAACUUUUCCGCAAUGGGCGAAAAAACACAGGACGCCAUGUUGGCCGAAAUGGAUUUGAUCUUUCUGGACCACAUAUUGCCCAGGUGCUGCAAGGAUAUCACCACCACGCAAGCGUUCUACAAGGACUACACCGCCGAUAAGCCGAAGCGAACGGUCACCGCGUUUCGAAAGCAAACGGAUCCCGCACUGAUUUCCGGUCACUAUGCGAACAACUUGAAAGUCCGAAAGCAGGAGAUGAAGACGCGGACUUGGCCACGAUCCAUGGACUGGCGAGAGGAGUACGCGCAGUUUGUUAAGCGCAACAAGUGGUGCAACGAGGAGAUCUACAAGCUCUUCUUUGUGCACCCGCCCAUCGAUUAUUUCCUCAUCAGGGAAUACCUGCAGGAUCUGCUCAAGACCACCUACAUCUCGGACUACUCGCCCAACCAUUACCACUCGCUCAUCAGCCAGCGCAAGCAUAGGGUGCAACACGAUGCUGAUGGCAUUGACUAUCGGACGACUUAUGGCAACUAUCACAAUCGUAUCCAGGAGGAGGACCCGUUCAAGUCGAGCAUUCUCCCGGAACCAGCACCUAGUCCCAGGAGCAUGGAGAUAGGAAAGUUUGCCAAGGAGAUGCGCAAGCUGUUUACCAAGUACAAUCUCACCACCUACUACGAGACCAUCUGCCUUCCGGCGCUGAUAAAGGCCAAAGAUGGUAUCAUGCCAUCGGGACCGAUCGAUCGCUACACACUUCGUAAGCACUGAAUCGCACCUAAUCAAGCUGACCAAUUCACAAUUACACAGCUACUGCAGUACUGCAGUUGGGUUUAUAAAAUUAUACUGAUUGUAGCUUAAUAGGUAUUAUUGUACUAAUUAUACAUUCGGAGUCUGCUGUGGUACUAAGUACUGCUAAGUACUAAGUACUAUAAAUAGGUUUAUUUAUUUAUUAAAGAUGACAGCGGUCAUAGCUAUUGGGUCA